UAUAGGUUGUGUGGGGUGAACAUAGUGAAUCCAAUUAGCAUACGCGAGUUUAGAUGUAUUUGGUCGCUGACACCCCUUUAAAGAUAUUUAGCAAAACAAGACGGAGCGUAGGCUAGUUCCUGUGAAUAGCGCAAGGCAUGACACCUUCCUGCCGGUAGCUUCGCUCCGUGCAAGUCAAUUGACCAAAGCGAAUGUCACACUGGACUCAAUAAGAAAAACAACCGUGGACCAGGGGAGCAAGGGAUUUUGUCAAUGGACGGGACAUAGCAGUACUGUAUGAGAAUAAGCUUAUCAACUGCUGCGGGGAUGUCGAUUUUCAGAUGAAGAAUUAUUGUAACGUGAUGGUAUUUUUCCCCCUGGCAAAACCAUUGAUCAUAGGCUAGCCUACUCUUUUUUUCCUUUCCUCAAGAGCAAAUUUGAUUGCAACAACAGAAGAUCUGUCACCAGAUUCAAGGUUAUUUAGAAGUUACCGUCAGAAUAACGCAGAGUCAAAAUGAAGUUUGCACAACUUUUGCUGAACAGCGCAAAGUCUAACAUACCAAAACAAGUGGAUCGCUUUUCCAAGUUUUCACCUUCACCGUUAUCGAUGAAGCAGUUCAUCGACUUCGGGUCUGCCAACGCCUGCGAGAAGACUUCGUUUAUGUUUUUGCGUCAGGAGCUUCCUGUCAGACUAGCAAAUAUCAUGAAAGAGAUAGACUUCCUCCCAGACAAGCUACUUCACACUCCAUCCUUACAACUGCUCCAGAGCUGGUAUGCACAGAGUCUCAUGGAAUUAGUGGAUUUUCUAGAAAAAGAUCCUGACGACAAAAAUAUCUUAAAAAAGUUCACAGAGACCCUUGUCAAUGUGCGAAAUCGCCACAACAACGUUGUGCCCACCAUGGCCCAGGGAGUGCUGGAGUACAAAGAGGCCUUUGGUGUCGACCCGGUGACCAAUCAGAAUGUCCAGUACUUCCUGGACCGCUUCUACAUGAGUCGUAUCUCCACCCGCAUGAUCAUGAACCAACACACACUAAUAUUUGAUGGAAGCGCCAACCCAGCCCACCCUAAACAUAUAGGCUGCAUUGAUCCCAACUGCGACGUGGUGGAGGUAGUAAAAGAUGCCUUUGAGACGUCCAAGAUGCUGUGUGAACAAUACUACCUGACCUCCCCCGAAAUGGAGAUCAAGCAAGUGAACUCUAAAGACCCUGACUCGCCCCUACACAUCGUCUACGUCCCCUCCCAUCUAUACCACAUGCUGUUUGAGCUCUUUAAGAAUGCCAUGAGAGCCACGGUGGAGACCCAUGAAGACAGUAUAACUAUCCCACCCGUUAAGGUCAGAGUGUCACUGGGCACUGAAGACCUGACCAUAAAAAUGUCAGACAGAGGCGGUGGCGUUCCUCUGAGGAAGAUUGAGCGCCUCUUCAGCUACAUGUAUUCCACGGCCCCUGCCCCUGAGUUAGACAAUGCGCGCAAUGCUCCUUUGGCCGGCUUCGGUUACGGCCUUCCCAUUUCACGUCUGUACGCCAAGUACUUCCAGGGCGAUCUUCAGCUCUACUCUAUGGAAGGCUAUGGAACAUCUGCUGUCAUCUACCUGAAGGCCUUAUCCACCGAGUCUGUUGAAAGGCUUCCCGUCUUCAACAAGUCUGCGCUAAGGCAUUACCAGACGAGCAUAGAGGCCGAUGACUGGUGCAUCCCCAGCAAGGAGCCCAAGAAGAUGGGGAAGUAUGAGUUCAGCGUGUAAAAUCAGACAAGAUGAUCGUGAACGAUGACUCGAGAGAGCAAGAGAAUGGAUUCACUCCUGUUUCACUCCAAGCUGAGGACCUAACCAAGCUUUUGGCUUGGAUGCUGUGUAAUAAGGACAUUGCUUUCUCGCCAUAGAAGUCUUCUGUAUGACCCAUUGUGCGAGAAUAGCGCAUGUAUUAUUAUUGGUGUGGCAAGAUGUAGUUUUGACAGGUGACAUACAGUAUUCAUGUCACAAUCAUCAGAAAAUGGGGCAUUUGGAGAUUUUAGGAGACACAUUUUUUUUUUAUUAUUAUUAUUUUAACCUUUCAAUUUAUUUCUAACUAGCAUUGUACUGUAGCUCUGACUAACAACUCAUUUUAACACUAUAUUUGCCAACAGAAGUCAGAAAAUAAGUUUUUGUCUUAUAAGACACAAGUCUACAUGUAGCCUCAGUCAUUUCAACUACUUGAGAACCCGUCGUUUCAAUGCAAAGAGGAAUCACUGGAUUUUACAGCAGUGGUAUUUGUUUUUUGUCGCAGUGAAUUUCAUCGUUGUACUGCAUAAUACAACCUGUCACUGUGAGGAUAGUUUUGGUGCUGGUCACAUUGAAGAAACCUUUAUGUCUUCUUUUUUGUCUAAAAUGGACUGACUAUAGCAAGCCUGUACAUGCAUUUUACUUCUGAAAUGCCCCUAAUCAAACUAACGAAUCCGAAAGGAGUUUUGAAGAUAGACCUCAACAUGACUGAGGAAAGCUCCGUUUGGGAGAUUCAUAUGCAUUAUCGUAAUUCACAUCGAGAAGUGUGUAAGAUAUUGUGCCAUUGACACUAGCAUCAGUUGUAAAUGGAUUACAGUUUAUAGAGAAAUCAUAAGGCAAUGUUUUGUUAAAGUGAGUGAGUGAUAGAGAGAGAGAGAGCGAGAGAGAGAGAGGUGGUGGUAUACAGUAGGUAGUGUCUCAUUUAUUUAUCGAUACAUUUUAUAAUUGUACAAAAAGGCCAUAUGAGAAGUUUAAAUGACCUACUUCAAUUAGAAAAUACUCAAAAGAGAGCCAGUAUAGAAUUUUCAAAUUCUGAUCAUGACCAUGGUCAGACCAUGACUCAUAUAAAAUGUUUUUGUUGUUAUAACAAAACCUUAGCUUUUUAAUGAAAUGUUCAUCUAUUUUCAGAAUAUAUAACCAGCAAAAACACAACUUACUGUAUGUGCAUGUAUUAGUGGUAGAAGCUUGAAAGCUUGCAUUGACAUCUGGGCAUAAAGGGAUUGAUAUGUUUUAAAUUGGAAUAAAUUCAGGGGUUCUGAAAAUUACAAAAUACCUUUAGUAUUUCUGUAUGGACCCACCGGCGACCAUAUGUAUUUCCAAGACACUCCAUUUUGUAGUUAUUUAAUUUGGCACUUUAAAUUAUUUGCAUCAGAGGUUUUUGGAAUGUGAAGGUAUCAAGUUACACGAAAUGACACUUUUUGAUAAAAACUACAAUUGCAAUAUCUGCCAGAUCUGUUAAUCAGAUGCAGCUAAUUACCACUAGUCAGAGAUUAGAAAACAAACCUCCAGACCAGUCUCCUGCUCUGCGUCACCUGCUUUUUUGUGUUUGGCUGACACCUAGGAGGUCCCUGAUUGCUGAGUUGGAGAGAUCAUUCUACCCAUUGUUCAAUGACUUUGGUAUAGAGAAGCCUAUGGGAUCAUAAAUUCAGAUUAACUAAAGAAAAAAAGAAAAAAUAAACAAUUACACACUGUACCUUUAAGAUCCAAAAGGCUAGUGUGUAUUUAUCUUGUUGCCAAGAGAAGUGCCAAACACCAGCAUCAUGUAGCCCAUAAUAUAAGUCUUUUAGAGUCUGUCAAUAUGUGUGAACUUUGACCAGAAGAUUGUUUGUUUUCCCUCUUGGCUGGCGACGUGAUUCCCGUGCCAGGGUGUGAACAUGUCGGCUAAGGACAGUUCUUCAUUUGCCAAUCUCGCCAGAGCAAUAAGAAUCAAAUGGAUUUUAGCCCAUGCCAACACAAUGCAAACAAUGACCUGCUAUUCUGUUUUGUUCUGUGUGGGGGGACCUUGGUUAAGUUAAGUUGAGGUAUCCGUGUGAACAUAUCAGCUGUGUAUUGAUUGCUGCAGGCUUUCUACUGUACAUCAGUGGGGGCUUCCAAUGAGUUGCACACAGAGCAAUGUGUGGGCCUUAAGCAACUGUUUUGGUGAAAAAACUAUGCUGUAGUGUAGUGUGAGACUUUGAGACUAACUGCUCUGCUUAUACUCUUUAGCUUUGUGUUAAGUUUGUGCUUUUUAAAAUGAAAAGCCAAUGUUGAGAGAGGAUGAGCAUGGUAACUAAUUGCCAUUGUUUCGUUUUUAUCUUUUCCAUUAUAUUAUAAUAAUUGAUAAUGGUUUAUUCCUCUAUUUUGUAUGGUCUCAGGUUCUAGAGGGUUAGCCAUCUUUGCUGCACUUCUGUUAUUUUUGUAUCACUCUGAUGAUUGCUGUGCCUAUGUGCUUGUAUGUACUGUACUGUACUGUACUGUACAUGCGCCUGGUCAAAAGAAUGAAACGGUUGACUUUCACUCAGUAUUCCUCAAGGGAAUUGCAGAACUGCUGGUUUCGAGUGACUCCUCAUUAAACUUCAGCUUAUUGAAGCCUG